UUUUAAAAAAAAGUUAAUAUAAAAUUAUAGCAAAAAAGGAACCUGAACUUUAGUAACACAGCUGGAACAAUCCGCAGCUGCGGCGGCAGCGGCGGGAGAAGAGAUUUAAUUUAGUUGAUUUUCUGUGGUUGUUGGUUGUUCGCUAGUCUCACGGUGAUGGAAGCUGCACAUUUUUUCGAAGGGACCGAGAAGCUGCUGGAGGUUUGGUUCUCCAGGCAGCAACCCGACGCAAACCAAGGAUCUGGGGAUCUUCGCACCAUCCCAAGAUCCGAGUGGGACAUACUUUUGAAGGAUGUGCAAUGUUCAAUCAUAAGUGUGACAAAAACUGACAAGCAGGAAGCUUAUGUACUCAGUGAGAGUAGCAUGUUUGUCUCCAAGAGACGUUUCAUUUUGAAGACAUGUGGUACCACCCUCUUGCUGAAAGCACUGGUUCCCCUGUUGAAACUUGCUAGGGAUUACAGUGGGUUUGACUCAAUUCAAAGCUUCUUUUAUUCUCGUAAGAAUUUCAUGAAGCCUUCUCACCAAGGGUACCCACACCGGAAUUUCCAGGAAGAAAUAGAGUUUCUUAAUGCAAUUUUCCCAAAUGGAGCAGCAUAUUGUAUGGGACGCAUGAAUUCUGAUUGUUGGUACUUGUAUACUUUGGAUUUCCCAGAGAGUCGGGUAAUCAAUCAGCCAGAUCAAACCCUGGAAAUUCUGAUGAGUGAGCUUGACCCAGCAGUUAUGGACCAGUUCUACAUGAAAGAUGGUGUUACUGCAAAGGAUGUCACUCGUGAGAGUGGAAUUCGUGACCUGAUACCAGGUUCUGUCAUUGAUGCCACACUGUUCAAUCCUUGUGGGUAUUCAAUGAAUGGAAUGAAAUCGGAUGGAACUUAUUGGACUAUUCACAUCACUCCAGAACCAGAAUUUUCUUAUGUUAGCUUUGAAACAAACUUAAGUCAGACCUCCUAUGAUGACCUGAUCAGGAAAGUUGUGGAAGUCUUCAAGCCAGGAAAAUUUGUGACCACCCUGUUUGUAAAUCAGAGUUCUAAAUGUCGCACAGUGCUUUCUUCGCCCCAGAAGAUUGAAGGUUUUAAACGUCUUGAUUGCCAGAGCGCUAUGUUCAAUGAUUACAAUUUUGUUUUUACCAGUUUUGCUAAGAAGCAGCAACAACAGCAGAGUUGAUUAAGAAAAAUGAAGAAAAAACGCAAAAAGAGAACACACAUAGAAGAAGGUGGUGGCUGCUUUUUAGAUAUUGAUACCAAGGGCCAUGCUUUCCAUAACCACCACCUUGUAGUUGCAGAAAGCCCUAGAUGUAAUGAUAGUGUAAUCAUUUUGAAUUGUAUGCAUUAUUAUAUCAAGGAGUUAGAUAUCUUGCAUGAAUGCUCUCUUCUGUGUUUAGGCAUCCUAUGCCACCCUUGCUGUGAAAUUGAAGUGCAUGUAGAAAAAACCUUUUACUAUAUGAAACUUUACAACACUUGUGAAGACAACUCAAUUUGGUUUAUGCACAGUGUAAUAUUUCUCCAGGUAUCAUCCAAAAUUCCCCACAGACAAGGCUUUCGUCCUCAUUAGGUGUUGGCCUCAGCCUAGCCAUCUGGGACUGUUCUGUUAAAUUGCUACCAGGAUUUUGCAUCCAGUUACCUCCACUUUCUAGAACAUAUUCUCUACUAAUGUUAUUGAAACCAAUUUCUACUUCAUACAGAUGUUUUUGCAGCACCAAUCAAAGUUCUUCUUCCACGAGUCGAGUCCUCUACGAAAAUGACUGCAGUUAUCCAUUUUGUGUAUUACUAUCUCACUGCUUCCUAUACUCGUGUGACUUUAAUUGAUUCAUUCCUCACCAUGGUGUCUCCCUCCCAACCACACCCCCUCCAUAAAGCAAUACACUGUUACACUGUGGGUUUACACUAACCUUAUACCCCAGAGGGGGAACGGGGGGCGGGGUGGACCCUGGGCUUAAUUUUCUUUUAAGGUCAAGGGAGUUUGGCAUUUUUCGUUACCAUGAGCUAUUUUGGAAUAAGCUGGUGUUGAUUAGCGAAGAAGGUGUAGAUUGAUACUAGGGAAUGUUAGCAGAACUGUAUGGAAACUGUAUGCCAUUCUGUGCCCCCCCAUUAAAUGAGAUUAGCUUCUCAUGGGUACCAUGUCUUUAUUAACUUGCUAAGUAGUAGUAUAAAAAAAUUAUCACUAAAUUUGUUAGCAAGGAGAUUUAAGAUAAAGGUUGUGUUGGAUUCAACAAGUCAAGUCAGCUCAGAUGAUUCACCUCAACUUUUACUUUCAUAGCCAUUUCCACUAAUUUCUAUUAAUGAUAUGCCAUAAACUUUCGUUCAAAGCAGAAUCGAUGUCUUUGCCAUCUUUGUGACUUAAAACGUUCUGUGACUUUGUGAUGCAUGUGAUAGUGUUCUGACGGUUCCUCUUACUGGUAUUUCUUUCACCAUGGAGUAACAUCAAGUGAUGAAUGAGAACUGUUCAGGUUAUUCAGACAUACUACACAGUGAAGCAGAGUGCUAUCCAUAAAACGUAACAUACAAAAUUCCAAAAUGGUCAAUGGGAAAUGACUAGAAGUACAGGCUUAAAAGAGUUGGCAUCUUUUAGCUGUAUUUGCUAAUAUGGACAUUUAUUUAAGCAGCUGAGAAAAGAGCAAAGUUGACUCAAUUUUGUAUUUCUUCUUGUCCUCAAACAAUUUUUGAUUCUUUCUGGAUUGAUGCAGUGAUGUUUUUGUUCCUUCCGUAUUUAUAAAUGAAACACUUUUUUUUAGUGUUUCUAAACAUAAAUUUCUACUUGGUUUGAAAUCAAGUGGUUGGAACACUUUUGACUUUUAAACAUGUUGUUGAUUCAGAGCUUCAUUGAAGAAGCUUUCAAUCAAUGGAUCAGUCCGAUUCUGUAAUGAGUGCACAGUACCUAAUGUUUUGGUGCUAUUAUGAGGACCAAUGCUCAAAGUGGAUUUUGUUCUUGAACAGUGUCCCAGUAGAUCUGAUGAACAUUUAUUGGCUUGAGGUCUGAUCGCCCGUCCCCCACCCCAGCCCAAUAGAUUUAAGAUUUCUAUUUAAUGUUGAGAAACUGUACAAAUUUGUAUGGAACAAAGCCUAGAAAAAUAAAAACUAUAGAUUGAAAUAGUAAUCUAAAUUAAUCCUAGUGUGUGUGAUAGAGGAGGGAAAAUUUUGGUGCCAUAAUUUCUCUCUUCAUGGUGUUGGACUUAAAUCAGUUGAAAUGUAUUUCUGUACCACAAUUUAAGCUUCAAUAAAGGUUUGCUUAAUUCAUUAUCUAGUGACAUUCAGAAAGUUUUCUGUUGAUGUAUUGUUUUAAAUAGUAUACCUGACCAAAUACUAGACAUCUAAAGUUUUUACAAUUAGAGUAAAUAUUUAAUGAUCAUUUUUUAAGAUUUAUGGGAGUUGUCAUAAAGAUAAGAUCUCUAAGCUCCUGGGAGAACAGAUUUAAACAUUUUUUUGUUAGUGGCUUCAUACCUGAAGCUCAAAGAAAAUCAUCUGGGCUAUAUACCAGGAUAUCAAAGAGUAGAAAGGGUGUAAGUAGUAAGAAUAAUAAUGCUAGAGUUUGGAGCUAGAAAAGUGAAAAGUUUGAAGGUGGAAUAGUCUAACAUUUAUUAUGAAAUAGGCUCUUGAUGGUGGGGUGGGGGCAGAGUUUAACUCAUGGUUAUUUCUAUUAACUAGAACAGAGUUAUAAGCUUUUGAUCAUUGUGCCAUGCAGGUAUGUAUCUCAUCAUCUGAGUUAAAAAGGGUUGAUCGUAGAAAAGCAGGUUGUUACAUAUGUGUGCAAUACCUACAGCACCAGAUUCUUUUACAUGAACAGGUAACUGAGUAUGGCAGACACUUGGUGUUAAUCAGAUUCAGGGACAUAAUCUGAAAAAUAUAGUAAAUGUGAUAUCACACUAUGAAAGAUAAGAGGCUUUUAUUGUCCUAACCAGAUAACUCACCAUUUCUUGGCUACCCACCUUCAAACUUGACAUUCUCAUCUACCCUUUUUGUCAUAAUGGAAGAAGUAUUGGUCUUUUGGAUUCUAUCCACCCAUUCCUACCUUCAGAGACUUUCUGAGUUCACUGCAAGCAUGUCCACUGUUGAUCACCAUCAGUUUGUUUUACUUUUCUAGUUUCUUCCCACUUAGGUUUGCUCCUUAGGGUCUACUUUAUUAGUCCUUUACAAGAUGACGUGUCAAUUCUUACCCAAACUGAACCCUCUUCAGACUACUUCUUGCAAUCUAGCAUUUUCCUGAGUUGUUGAAACCAGAAACCUAGAAUGAAAUUGAGGCAGGGUCAUAGAGAUCUGUUAUGUGACUAAGACUGGAAGAAAACCAUUGGCAGUGUCAAGAGAUGUCCAAUAUGCUGUUGGAUAUGUGAGCUAGGAAGCC